AUGGCGCACUCAAAGCGCAACACCUCCCUCCCACACUUCACAUCCUACGAGCGAAGCCUACUACGCUCAACAUGGGGCACAAAGCGCAGCGUAAUAGGCCGAGACUCAUUCCUUCCCUUCGCAUCCUGCAAACUCUGUCUCCAACCCGCCCGAUCACCAGUAGUAUCCUGUUCUACAAACGGCGACCUUUUCUGUCGCGAGUGCGCCAUCGCCGACCUGCUCGCGCAAAGGCAGGAAAUUAAACGCGGCGAGCGCGAGCGUGAUGAGGCGAAGAAACGUCUUGCGGAGGAUGAUGAGCGCAUGGCUGAUGAGGCUAGGGCUAAAGAUUUGAGAGAGUUUGAACUUGUUUCUAUGGGUGGGGAUGCGAAGGAGGAGGAAGAGGCAAUUGCGCGAUUUAAGGCGAGAGAGGUCGAGGUUGAUGGUGUUAAAAGGAAGGUUUUUGAAUUAAAUGAGAAGGAUAUGGAGCGCGUUGCGCGGGAGGAGAGGGAGAGGUUGAGGGAUGAGUUGAAGAAGGAGAAGUCUGAAUCAAGCAAAUCCGCCCUACCCUCUUUCUGGGUUCCAUCCCUAACGCCAAAUACCGACGCCAAUGAAAUCGCCGCCAGCAAAGCCGUUAAAUUGGCGCCAAUUUGUCCCGGGUCCUCCGAGACCCAUAAGCAUACUUAUUCGCUGAAGUCGUUGGUUGAGGUUCAUUUUACUGAGGAGAAGGGUUCUGAUGGGACGGUUUCUCGGGUUUGUCCGAGUUGUAAGAAGAAUCUUAGUAAUGGGUUGAAAGCUAUGCUCACAAAACCAUGCGGUCAUGUCAUCUGUCAACCAUGCGUUACGAAAUUCAUGACUCCACACGCUGUCCUGGAUCCGCAUGCCUCGAAGGAAGAACAGGCUCAGCAUGGGCUGGUACUGUGUUAUGUUUGUGAGACGGAUCUUACGACUCGUGAGGAGAAGUCUAAGGAUGCGGAUGGGUCGAAGAAGAAGUCUAAGAAGAAGGAUAAGGAUGCUGUUAAGCCUGGUCUUGUUGAGGUUAGCUCUGAGGGGACGGGCUUUGCGGGUGGUGGUGGGAAUGUGGCUACUAAGACUGGUGUUGCUUUUCAGUGUUGA